AUGCUAACUAAGAACCUCACAUAUGUGACAGAAAUCAUCUUGGUGGGACUCUCGAACCAUCGAAAGACACAGAUUCCUCUGUUCUUUGUGAUCCUGCUCAUGUACUUGCUUACUGUUGUGGGGAAUCUGUUGAUCAUCCUUCUGGUGAGAACAAAUUCCCACCUCCAAACCCCCAUGUAUUUCUUUUUGAUGCACCUUUCAGGCCUGGAGAUCUGUUACGUCACCAGCACCUUGCCGCAGAUGCUAGCUCACCUUCUGUCUGGAAACGGAACCAUGUCCUUCACCCGUUGCAUGGCCCAGCUGUACGUUUCCUUGUCCCUGGGUGGUGCAGAAUGUGUUCUUCUGGGCGCCAUGGCCUAUGACCGCUACGUGGCCAUCUGCCAUCCUCUGACAUACGCCAUUGUCAUGGACAGGUGGCGUCAGCUGCAGCUUGCCUCAGCCUCCUGGGCCAUUGGCGUCCUCUUUGCUUCGAUUAAUUUGGUGUGCACACUUCGUUUGUCCUUCUGUGGGCCUAACCAUCUCAACCACUUCUUCUGUGAGCUUCCAAUGCUGGUGAAACUUGCUUGUGGUGACACUCGUGUCACAGAAAUCAUCCUUUUUGUUUUGUCGACGGUGGCCUCCUUGGGCCCCCUGGCUGUUAUCCUGACUUCUUAUGGACUCAUCCUGUCCACUGUGUUACAAAUGCGGUCUGCUUCAGGAGGCCAUAAGGCUUUUUCCACAUGUGCCUCCCACCUGGCAGUUGUCACCAUGUUCUAUGGCACCAUCAUUUCUAUGUACUUGAUACCCCGGUCACACACGGCCCCUGAUCGUGAUAAGCAAAUUGCUGUCAUUUAUGUGGUGAUCACCCCUCUUCUCAACCCUAUCAUUUACACUUUGCGGAAUAAGGAUAUCCACAGGGCAGUGAUAAAAAUGCUGAGAAGAAAGAUAUUGGAAUCAAAGUACUGA